GGAGGCUUUAAAAGGGUGGGGGCGCGUGGCUACUCUCACUCUCACGGCAGGACAACCCAAGGGCAUCAAAGCAAGACAAGAUGACUCACCAUUGCACCAAGUUCUCCGGCCACUGGAAGAUCAUUGUCUUCGACGAGGAGUGCUUCCAGGGCCGUCGCCAUGAGUUCACCUCUGAGUGCUGCAACGUGAUGGAGUUUGGCUUCGAGACUGUGCGCUCCCUCAGGGUGGAGAGCGGAGCCUGGGUGGGUUAUGAGCACGCCUCCUACCAGGGACAGCAGUUUGUGCUGGAGAGGGGAGAGUACCCCCAGUGUGAUGCUUUCGGUGGCAGCAAUGCCUAUCACAUUGAGAGGAUGACCUCCUUCAGACCUAUUGCCUGUGCUAACCACAGAGAGUGUCGUAUGACUAUCUAUGAGCGUGAGAACUUCCUGGGCCGUAAGGGUGAGCUUAGCGACGAUUACCCCUCCCUGCAGGCCAUGGGCUGGUGCAACAAUGAAGUUGGCUCUCUCAGGAUCCAGUCUGGAGCAUUUGUGUGCUACCAGUACCCUGGUUAUCGUGGAUACCAGUAUAUCAUGGAGUGUGAUCGUCACUGUGGGGAGUUCAAACACUUCAGGGAGUUUGGCUCCCACUGCCAGACCCCUCAGAUCCAGUCCAUCCGCCGUAUUCAGCAGUAACAACUUACUCCAAACCCUUUCGCCCAUGUGACCCUUUACCUUUGACCCCUGCUGCCUCCCAGUGCUGAAUAAACUGUCUUUCUUAAACCUUA